CAGUACAACCUCAAUUAAUAUGACGAGUUCAGUGAACUGCUUGCACUAAAUAUGAUGUCAUUUCGAUAUAUUUUGUACUGCCGUUACAGAAGGAUACGUAUACUUGAAGAGUUGCAUUGAAUCAUUACGAAAUGUCGGAUUUCAAGCAACAGUAUAAGAAUCCGCGUCCGGGUUUUGGUCACGCGGAUCUUAGUAGGAUUCUACGAGCUUAUAAGCAUACGGAAUCUCGUAGAGAAAUCAGAACACGAGCAUUCGACAACAAUCGUAGACUCCAAGAUGUCUCGGUACCCGCCAGUCCGUUCUCUAAGGAUACAUCUAUUACGGAUACACGUAUGAAAAAAUUGAUAAAAUGGAAGGAAGAACGCAAGAAGAGAAAGAAGCUGGAAAAUGCGACAAAAAAACCUGCUUUUAAAGUUGGUAUUGUUCAUCACUCUCUAUGUUCUCCUAUGGUUCGAAACAAUGUAUCAACUGCAGUUGCAAAAACACCUAAGCAAGCAACACGAUCAAAUAAUGUUCAGAAAUGGGUUACAAAAGCUACAGAGAAGCGAUUAUUAGCUAAAGCAGCAUCUUCUGCUAAGCAAUCAGCUGCUACUAUAAAGAAUGUAGCUUCAACAUCAACAAAAUAUCCUAUGAAUAUCAAAAAGUCAACAUCAAAUACUAAAAAUAAAAAAUCAUUUGCCUCUGCUAAUCAUGAAUUUAGACCUCCAUCUGGAUUGCAUAAAAUGCCUUUAUUUGGUCUUGUACCAAUAGAAGAAACUCCACAGGAAAAGGGAAAUUUCUUCAUACAAGAUAAAUUGCAAACAGAAUGUAAAACUGUUGAUAUAAAUGAACAGAAAGAUAUAUCAUUGAAAAAAUUAUACGUAGAAAUCCCUGAUAUCAGUGAUACUAUAGUAAAGUUGAAAACUCCUGCAAAUCCAAAGUUAUUAUCAAAUAAACGAAAAUCAUCACAAAGAUUAAAUGAAUCAAUUUGUGAUUUAAAUGAUGUUACGUCUGAGUUAAACAGAAUUACAACAAGGUCAUCAUUAAAAGAACAGAUGAUGCAAGACUCUUUUCAAGAAAAACUUUUAUCAGACAAUAUUGAUAUGCAAACACCAUCACAAAACAGUACUUCAAGUGAUAUAUCUUCUAGUAAAGAAAAUUGUACUAUGGACGACCUCAUUCAAUUUUCGCCAUAUCUCACACUGAGCCGUGGCAAGAAAAAUGCUAGAAAAGAACGACAGCAGCGGCUUGGCAUUGGUCGCUUAUCCUCUGAUGAAAUUCCAACCAAAGAUACUGUAAUGAAAAAUUUAAAUAUAUCUGUGGAGGAAGAAGUACGCACAGCACAGUAUUUCAAAUUUCUAUUGAAUAAAGAAAUCGAGAGACUUAAAGAACUUUGUAGAACAUGGUUGGACAUCAAAUUAGAAAAGGAUGUACCAGAUGAUGUUAUAUAUGAAAUAAAUCAAGCAGUAGGACAGACAAAUUUACUAAUAAAUAAAAAGUUUGAAAGAUUUCGUGGUUUAGUAGAGGACUGCGAAAUUGGUAAAGGAGAAAAACUGGUUAUGUGUAAAGAUUUACAAGGAUUUUGGGAUAUGACAUACGUGCAGGUCAAGGAUUGUGACUCGCGAUUUGAGAAACUGGAACAAAGACGAAAUAGAGGUUGGCAAGAGGAAGAAUGCAUUGUUGCCAAACCUGCUACCAAAAAACGAAUGCCUAUUAAAAAACAACAUAUCUCAUCAAAGCCAAGUUCGCUACGGUCAUUAAUUGUGGCUGCCAGAAAAAAAAAGAUGGAAGCGAAAACAAGCAAUUUGAUGCAGGAUACAAAUAUAAUAUAUUUCACACCUUCUCAAAAUAAUAAAAAAUCUGCGAAUUUUAAUAAUACUGAUAUGACUAUUCAAUGUAGCGCAAAGAAAUCUAAGUCGAUUCCUGUUCAAUAUGAAAGUUCUAGAACAAGCUUGUCACAAAAAGUACAAUAUUCUGAUGAUAAACGAAUAAAAAGUCCACUUACAGCUAUGAAAAUAAGUCAAAUGGGUAAAACACCAGAAGUUCAAUUAGAUGACACAAUAUCAUAUAUUAAUUCCGGUCAAACACCUGGUAAGAGUAUAUUAAAGAAAUCGGAAGAGUUAAUAGAUACAGAGAUCCGUGUAAAGUCUGCACAUAAAGUAAAUUUUGAUGAUCAAGUAGUAAUGAAUGAAAUGCCUCUUGAUGAAGAUGUACAGAAUACAUUAAACUUAUCUAUUGCUUUAAAUAGGAUAGAUAAUCUCGAUUUGGAUGAAUUAAGUCUACAGGAGUGCAUUAAAGCUGGAAGAAAAUUAGAUUUUGAGGAAUCUGAUAAUUUUGAUGAUAUGCAGAUUUCGACUGAAACACACAGAUUUAAAAUAAAAUCAAAUGAAUCUGAAUUAUCUGUUCAAGAUACCUUUGAUUCUAGUGCAUUUAAUGAUACAACAUUCUCUAUAUCUGAUAAAGACUCAUCGCCAAAUGAUACAAAAGUUAUAUUACCUAAGAAAAAAUUAAAACAUCGAAAUCAACCUACCAAUCAUAAAAAUAUGUCAAAUAUAGUUGUAAAUAUUUUACCUGCAACACCAUUACCAACUAAGACAUCUAUUAUCUCUGAUACAAUUUCAAAUAUGAAAGGCAUCGAAAAUUAUGAUACAGAAAUAAGAAUACUUAGAAAUAGAACUAUCACAACAAAUAACACACCCAAAAACAAUAGGACAAGUGAAAUGAUGACUCAAAGGAGAAGUGUUAAUAAAAAAGAAAAUAAGAGCCCUGUGAACUCAAGUAGAAAAAGUUCGUUAAAAUUAUCGCAAAAAAAUGGAGAUAAAUACAUGAUACCAUCAAAUAAAGACAAUAUAACAGAGGUGGAAAAUAUGAUAUUGACAGAGAAUGUUGAUAAAAAAAGAAGAUCAUCUCGUAAAAGCGUUGCAUUUAAUGAAGAAACAUGUUUAGUGUGUGCUGAAAACAAACCAGCGUUACCUAUGACUCCUCAUGCAAAACGAAAUCGUAGCAAGACACCCUCAAGACGAAAUCGUAGCAAGACACCCUCGAAGCAAACAUAUGCUUAAUGAAGAUCUUAUAUCAGGGAUACAUCAUGGGAUACACCAAAACAUCUUCCUAACAAAGUUACAAGAUCGCAUCCGAAAAAUUAAUGUUUUUUUUAUUUCCAUUUAUAUAUAUAUUUAUUAUAUGUUGUAUUUAAUAAGUAAACUGACACACAUAGCUAGAAAUUUUACAUAUAAUGACAUUUAUGUGUCAGCAAAAUGUAUGCAUAUAAAAUAAUACACUAUAUAGUAGUCAAUUCUAUUAGUUUACUUAUUAUAAUUGAAGAAUAUUCAUUAUAAAAGAUAUUUCCUAACAUUUUUAUAAUUUUACACCUGAUAUAAUUUUAUUAUUAAAAUGACAUUUAUAUGUCUGUGUUUUUGUAGAAUUUUAGAUAUAGAUAUUUAGACAUAACAAUUGUAGGAUUAUUUCAUUAUAAAAUUAUUAAAUAAAAAUA